AUGCUUUGGAUUGGCGAGCCACAGACCUUGCUGAUUAAUGGGAGGGGGCAAUACAGUUGUUCCAUGGCGGCGCAUGUUAGCAAUACGUCCGCAAGCGCGUGCACGUUAACAGGCACUGAACAGUACGCGCCCGACAUCCUCCGCGUCCAACCAAACAAGACCUACAGGCUCAGGAUAGCAAGCACCACUUCGUUGUCUGCACUAAACUUCGCCGUGGGGGUUUUCUCAAUGGCAAGUGGUAGUAGUUCGGCAUCAAAAAGAAUUCCGUGUGAUACCCGGACAUCCAAUGAGAUCGAGACCGACUCUCUACUUAAAAGAAAGUCCGAUGACAUAGGUUGGAAUUAUGGUGUUCUAGCCGAUCCACAUAACAAAGAUAGAGUUAAAUGCUUGUUAUGUGAGAAAGUCAUGUCGGGCGGUAUACGUCGAUUGAAAGAGCACAUUGGUCAAAUUUCUGGAAAUGUCGUUUCAUUUGAUUGGGUUUAUGAAUCCGGCAUUUCUUUCAAUACACUUGAUCUCAAUAGCUUUCGGCUCUUCGCCGAAGCACUCGGUCAAUUUGGGCCGAAGUGGAAGCCUCCUAGUCAAUAUGAGGUGAGAGAGCCAUUGUUGAAAAAAGCGGUUGAGAGAACCAAACUCAAAGUGAAGCCUCAUGAAGAUGAAUGGAAGAGGAGUGGUUGCUCGAUUAUGACGGAUGCUUGGAGUGAUAGAAAGAGAAGAAGUAUCAUGAAUUUGUGUGUGAAUUCUAAAGUCGGAACAAUGUUUCUCCCUUCCAAGGAAUCUUCUGAUGUGUCACACACAAGUGAAAUGAUAUUAGAGUAUGUGGAUAAAUGCAUUGAACAAGUUGGGCCCGAGAAUGUUGUUCAAGUUGUGACGGACAAUGCUUCAAACAAUAUGGGAGCGGCAAAAUUGUUGCGCAAAAAGAGGCCAAGUAUCUUUUGGACUUCAUGUGCCGCCCGCACCAUGAAUCUCAUCUUGGAGGGCAUUGCAAAACUACCUCGGUUCAACAAAACAAUUGAACAAGCAAAGACAUUGACCAUAUUUUUAUAUGCGCAUCAUAAGACCUUAGCCAUGAUGAGGUCUUAUACUAAAAGAAGGGACAUAGUAAGACCCGGGGUCACGCGAUUUGCCUCUUCUUUUCUUAGCUUGUAA